AUGAGGCUCCGUGUUCACGCACUCGCAAUCAUUCUGGGCUCCGUAUCAUUCGCCCAGGCCGCUGCGUACAACCGGCGUCAGGAUGCCCCCGCCAACACCGUGAAUCUUGCCGAUGGCUUCAUGAGCAUGUUAAACCGCCUGGGAGCUGGCGCCCAGACGGUCACGGAAACGGUACAGCAAACUAUCACCGUCGGGGGAGGUGGAGGCGCGGGCCAGGUGGCAAAUGCGACGGCGGUUACCGUGACCGUCACGGCCGCUGCCUCCACUGUCACUGUCUGCCCGGGUCUGGCCAACGGCGCGGUGGACGGUGGUGCGGGUGGUGGGUCGGCAUCAGCGGCACCCGCGGGGGGUGCGGGUUCGGGAGCGGCACCUCCAGUGGUGGUAGCCACGGGGGGCAUUGGUGUCACGGUGAUUCCGGUCCCGGAAGACGCCCGCAAGACCAGCGAAGUUGGGAACCCACCCGCAGCCACGCCGCCAGCUAAUCCGCCCGCCAACCCGCCGGCGAAUCCCCCGGCCGCUGCGCCUUCUGAUCCACCGGCCGCCGCGUCUUCUGAUCCCGCGGGCACGAGUUCAUCUCUCACGCCACUACCGAGCCAAGGAGGAGCGAACCAACCUGGACUCGUUCCACCGCCGGGGCUUUCCGACUCGACAUCCUCAACUUCACUCGCACCUCUGCCGUCUUCCCAGGCCCCCCCAGCCGCCGCCAACCCAACCGCCGUACCUAUCGUCGGCGCACCCGUAUCCGAUAGUUCAGCCGUCGGCGACUCAGUCACGUCGUCGUCGUUGGCCGCCCCACCGGUCCUCGCCAGCUCGCUGACCAACACGCUCGUCCUCCCCAGCACCGUCAACGCCCCGGUCGCCACGCCCGCCUCAAACCCCGCGGGCGCCUUUGGCGGCGUGGCGGGCCUGAUCCCGAUCGAGUCGGCCAUGACGCCCACCCCGACUACCCCGGGAGUUGCGAACGGCGCCGGCGCGGGGCCCACCAUCAACGUCUCGGGCUUGACGCUGUCGAGCCAGCUGAAUCUCGGGAACCUGGUGCAGCAGACGGUGGCGCCGAUUACGUAG